GUUCGAUGAAUUUUUAAAACAUAACAAUACAAUGGCUUGUGUUAUGUCAAAUAUUAUAUAUUUUGUUGAUAUAUAUGUCCUAUUUCUUCUAAUGAGGUUGUGUUUUUGCACCGUGAGUUUUACAAAGGAUCCAUCCAACAAAGACGCAUUUUUGAAGAAUUCACCGUUCCUUAGUUGUGAAGUGCAGGACUUAAGUUCAACUCAAACUAUAUCUUGGGUAAAAGAUAGUAUGGUCAUAGCUGAUAAUGUAUUUGAAGACGAUCACUUUGAGACAAGACUACUAGAGACUUCUUCUGGGCAUCUGUAUACGAUAGCAAUAAAGAACGUGGUACUAUCAGAUGAAGGCGAUUACCGAUGCGAAGUACGUGAUGAUGCAAGUAACCGUCUUAUUGCUUAUUCUAAAUCUGCUCGCCUAUUUGUUCUUCAGACACCAGAUGAAAAAUAUCCAGAAUGCGUCUCACCAACGACGGAUAGUCUAAUUGAUUCCGAAAUUGAACUAACUUGCAUCAGUCAGAAGGUAAACCCUGCAGUUAAGCUAACAUGGUGGGAUCAAGGAAUGCGUAUUGUAAACGGAAUUAAAACAGAAAGUAAGAAUGACCUUGUUUACAGUCACUAUAGGUUUACUGCAACUAAAAAGCACAAUUCGAAGAUGUUUAUGUGUAAUCAAACGUCAUCAAUUCCUAAAAUGAACCCUGUCAUGUGUUCUUUUAAACCUCUCGAUAUUUACUACAAGCCCGAAAUAUCCAUAGAACACACGAAUGAAAUUAUUGCCGGGACAGAUUCUAUCAUAUUUUGCAAAGAAGUCUCCAAUCCUCCAGUAAAUAAAUAUAUUUGGACCUUUAGUUCUCAGCUUAACAAAAGUGAAUAUCAAUCAGACGGACAGGUUUUAAGACUAUUAAAAGUAUCAAUAAAAAGAAAUGGUUUGAAAAUUAAUUGUACCGCAGAAAAUAAAGCCGGAAUAACGACGGAAACAACAACUUUAAAUGUGAUCAAAGAAGAUGUUGAUUAUUUUGAUGAUUAUCAAAAUAAUAUACAAAACUCUCAGAAUGUAUACGAGUUUAAUGAAGAUACAAAAGACGAUGAUAAGGUUUCGUUAUCAGUAGUAAUCGUCGUAAUAAUUGUUAUAGUUGUUAUAUUAGUCAUUGUUAUAAUCUGGCUCUUAUACACAUCUAGAUGGGUAUAA